GAGGAGGAUCAGAGGCAGCGGAGCAGAGAAACAGAGCUGCAGCGUCCUCCGACUCUCACAUUUAAGCGUUCAUUUCUCUCGCGGAGGACCCGAAAGGACCAAACUUGUUAUUUUUUUUAUUUUUUAUUUUUUUUGCUGUUGUUUUUGGAGGCGACAGGAAAAAGCUCUACCCCUCUAGGCAAACAACCGUAAACAAGUCCAGAUGUUUCAUAUCUGAGGGUCGCUGUCACACGAGACCAGACCAGAGGACGCAUCCAGCGAGAUCUCGCUUCAUAUUUGAUGCGGGGCUAAAUUGGUCUGGCUGGCGAGAAUGGAGCUGAAGGCUUUGGUUGGAGGUGUUCUUCUGAGUUCGCUUGUUCUCUGGAAUGUUUUGGACUGUGUUGAAACUCAUCAGGACUCGACCGAAGCCGUAAUCAAUCUUUUGGAGGCUCUUAACUUCACUCACUCACCCCGCGGGAUAUCUAAGGUCAGAGGUCGUGUCCCAAAGACGUCAGCCUGGCGCUUGCGUCCCAACACGCCUCAUCUCAAACUACCCCAGACAUUUUCGGACUACCUCUCCAACACCUCACAGGGCGUCCUGGGUUUGCACCUGGUGGGCCGUCAGAGCAGAGGCUCGCAGGCCACCCUCGUCUCCUUCAGCUCCUCUACCUUCCUGCAGAACGGCGAGCGCCCCCUGCUGGAGCUCGUCUCCAACACCAAGGCAAACUGGCUGCAGCUGGAGUUCAGGUCAGCGGACGGCUUGAGGCCGGAGGUGCUGAAGAUGCCCGGCGGGAGUCCCUUCGUGAGCGGAGGUUGGGUGAGGAUGGCUCUGAGCUUGGAGCCCAGGCAGAUGGUGCUGUUUGUGGACUGCCAGGAUGCUGUGGUGCUCAAGCUGAAGGAAGGGGGACGAAUCCUAACUCUGUUCUUACCACAUGAUCUGAGGGUCAUCUUCUCCAGCACCGCAGGAAAAAAGACCAGCAAGUUUAGAGGUGUUUGGCAGACGGCUGAACUCUCCACCAGGGCAUAUGAGAGGCGUCCGUGGUUCUGUGACAAUGUAACAGACUCCUUUUCAGACACAGUCAUUCCCAGCUCUCCCACUGUACCUGCAAUCUAUGACCUGGAUAUGAUGCAGGAUCAGGGAGACCGUGGAGAUGGCAUAGUAUCAGCUACAAGAUCCCCCGCUGGAUCAAACAAGCGUCUUGGCCACCUGGAGAAAAACAUGAAAAACAUCCAGACCAUGCUGGACAUGCUGAAGAGACAGAACAUGGCCCUGCAGGAGAGAGUUGACUACCUGGAAACGUGUGAGUGUUUGAAGCGUAAGUGCGUGUGGGAAGGACGUGACGUGGAAGAGGGGUCCCGCUGGGCUCCCGACAGCCACACCGUCUGUUACUGCACCCAAGGGAAGGUUCAGUGCAACCGCCUGAAUGAAUGCAGCUUUCACGGUGAUAUUUAUAACAAUGGUGAUGUCUUCAGCCCAGAUGACUGCAAUCGCUGUGCAUGUGAACAUGGCAGAGUAGAGUGUAAUGUGAAUCCAUGUCCAUCACAGUCCUGUCAUCAACCACCUGCUCCUCCGACUACGUGCUGCCCUGUCUGCCAAACAAGAUGCGAAUAUGAGGGUGAGAUCUAUGAGAACGGAAAGGAGUUUGGGUCGAGAUCAAACCCUUGCCUCACGUGCAGAUGCUCUAACGGUCAGGUGGCGUGUGACCCCAUGCACUGUCCGCCCACCCCUUGUCCGACCCCCUACAGAAGAUCUGGGGAGUGCUGUCCCACCUGCUCCGCAUGUAAUGUGGACGGUCGUCCGUACAACGGCUCUUUCAGUUCCAUCGACGGCUGCCAGACCUGUUCUUGUCAGGGAGGGAAUCAGGAGUGUGUUGAUGUGCAGCGGUGUCCUCAGACGUGUCAGGAUGGUGUGAAGCCGCCGUUCGGCUCCUGCUGCAGAGACUGUUCUCGCUGUAACUUUGAGGGGCAGGUUAUUUUAGACGGCGUCUCUGUUCAACCCUCCCGUGACCCCUGCAAGCGCUGUGUGUGCAAUUCAGGAAAUGUAGUCUGUAACACUGAGAUGUGUCCCGAUAUUGCCUGUAAUUUGGUGGAGACUGUGGGUGGGCAGUGCUGUCCUAGGUGUCGAAGUUGUGUCCAGGACAAUGUGAGACACCAGCACGGCUCUCAGUGGAAGCUUCCUAGUGACCCCUGCACGACCUGUACAUGCACGGAGGGUGUGGUUCAGUGCGAGAUCGAGCGCUGUAAUAUCCACUGUCAUAACCCAGGUUCUCCUCCUCCUGGAUCUUGCUGUCCUGUCUGUGAUGGUUGCAGUUUGAAUGGAGCAGAGAUCCCGAAUGGGAUGUCUCUGCCGCCAGGACCCACCUGUGAUCCCACGUGUACAUGUGAGAAUGGAAAUAUUAAUUGUGUUCUGAAUCCUCCCUGCCCACCGACUCCCUGUCAUAAUCCAGUCAAGAGACGAGGAGAAUGUUGUGCACGAUGCGAGGAGUGCACUUAUGAGGGCGAGGUAUACGCAGACGGCCAGACUUUUGUUUCCAGACAAAACCCAUGCUUAAGAUGUUAUUGUUCGGGUGGGCAAGUGUCAUGUAAUUCUGAAGUAUCUUCAUGUUCGUCUAUGAGUUGCACUCACCCAACAACAUCACAUGACCAGUGCUGUCCGACUUGCAACGCUUGUGAACAUGAAGGAAGAGUUUAUGAAAAUGGAGAAGAGUUCAGGCCACCUGGUGGAGGUCCAUGCAUCCAGUGUUCAUGCAAGAAUGGCAACGUGAGAUGUCAUCAGGAAAGAUGCCCGCAGUUGACCUGUGCAGUGCCCACUCCAGCCCCUCCUAACUCCUGCUGUCCAGUGUGCGGAGGAUGCAUGUGGAAUGGUGCACAGUAUGAAGAAGGAGCCACGUGGACUGAUGCUGGACGAACAUGUUUUUGUGCGGGUGGAGAGGUGAGGUGUAGUAGUAGCGCUAACGACUGUCAAGAUCCGAUCCCCGCACCCUGCCCAACUACCCCAGAUUGCUGUGGUGACUCCUGUGGGCAGUGCCAGUACAAGCACCACAUGUAUUCAAACGGUGAAACGUUCAGAGACCCGGAUGACGCCUGCACGACGUGUACCUGUCAGGAUGGUCAGACAACAUGUAAUCCAGCAUCAUGUCCGGGACUGACGUGUGCUACUCCAUACACUCCUCCUGGAGAGUGCUGUUCCCAGUGUACAGCCUGCAUCUAUGAGGGCCAUGAGUAUCAGAACGGAGAGCACUUUCCAGACCGGUCUGAUCGAUGCAGUAAUUGCGUGUGCAGAAAUGGUCAGGUGACCUGCAACAGGAGUCCAUGUCCAAACCCAGGAUGUAGUGACCCCAUCACCCAGCCGGGCCACUGCUGUUCAGUGUGUGAUGGUUGUCAGUAUGAGGGAAGAGUUUAUGCCAAUGGUGAGUCAUUCCAGUCCCCCACAGCACCAUGUGAGCAGUGCAGAUGUUCUGACAGCCGUGUCUAUUGCGAGAGGAACCCGUGUCCUCAGCAGUGCCUUCAUGCGGUGAGUUUGAGGGACUGCUGUCCGGUGUGUGACAGCUGUCUGUUUGAAGGGCUGAGGUACGAAAACACACAGACGUUCUACUCCCCCUCAGACCCCUGCAAGCGCUGCGUGUGUCAGAGCGGCUCCGUUCUGUGCAGCCCGGUCGACUGUCCCUCCGUUUCCUGCACUAACUCCAUCACCCCGCCGGGACAGUGCUGCCCACAGUGCAGAGUGUGUUAUCAGGAAGGUCGGGAGUAUUUAGAAGGACAGAGCUUGACCCUCCCCAAUGAGCCCUGCAUCAGGUGCACCUGUCUGGAUGGUGAGGUGAACUGUGUGGGUCCUGAGUGUCCUAAACUGUCCUGCAUGUAUCAGGUCACUGAUCCCGGCUCCUGCUGUCCCCGCUGUAGAGGCUGUAUUUAUGAUGGCAUUGAGCAACUUGAAGGCAGUACCUGGUUUGCGUCCAGCAGUCCCUGCAUGUCCUGCAUGUGUGUGAAUGGAGUGACCACCUGCUCGGAGGUCCACUGUCUGUCCACCUGCCUAAACCAGAUUAGCGUGCCGGGCGAAUGCUGCCCAGUGUGUGCAGACUGUGUGUACGAAGGCCGUGUGUACAGCCCUGGAGAGAGUUUCCACCCCUCUGAUGACCCCUGUCAGAUCUGUUCCUGUGAGGUGAUGCCAGACGGGGAACAGCACUUGCGCUGUUACAGGAAGCAGUGCCCAAGUCUGGUAGACUGUCCUAAACACAACAUCCUAAACAGCGCCUCUGACUCCUGCUGCCCUGUCUGUGCACAGCCCCUCAGUAACUGCACAGCUACACUGAUCGGUAAUGAAGUGUUGGCCACCGAUGAUCCGUGUUUUACCUGUCAGUGCAAGGAUUUGACAUGGACGUGUAUCCAUCGGGGCUGUCCUCCUCUCAGCUGUCCUUUGGCCGAUCAACACACACCGCCGGACUCCUGCUGCCCCGUCUGCGAUGAGUGUGUAUUAGAGGGCGACCAAACCCACGUGCCGAACGGCCAAAGAUGGACAGACAAGGAGAACGAGUGUGUCACCUGCAUCUGCAAUCAAGGGCAUAUCGAGUGUGAUCUGCAGGAGUGUCCUCCUCUCGAUUGUCCGGAUGGAUCGAUCAAAGUGAAGAACCCUGGGAAGUGCUGUCCUGAAUGCACAGGCAUCAUAACUGUGGUGUACUCCAAAGGGUGCGUGUACGACGGUCAGCACUACAACCACAAUGACCACUGGGAGGUGGACGAAUGCACGUCCUGCACCUGUGUGUACGGAGACGUGCACUGCCAGACCCAGAGAUGCCCAGCGCUCACGUGUGCCUCGGAUGAAACGCCGGCUCUGGUUCCCGGAGUGUGUUGCCCUCACUGCAUUCCUCACCCCGCCACCUGCAUUGUGUUUGGAGACCCUCACUACCGGACAUUUGAUGGAAAGAUGGUGAACUUCCAGGGGACGUGCUCAUAUGUUCUGGCUCAGGACUGCGAGGGAGGAGACUUCAGUGUUCAUGUGUCUAAUGAGGAUCGGGGACGUAAGGGAGUGUCCUGGACUAAAGAAGUGACCGUGUUUAUUGGAGAUAUUGUGGUACAGCUGUUUCAGGACAGGAUUGUCAAGGUGGAUUAUCAGGAAGUCUCUCUGCCGUUUUUGAAAGAACCGUAUGUUUACCUGGAGCGCAAGACCAACACCAUUCUCCUGAACACCAAUGUUGGACUGAAGGUGUUGUGGAACGGGCGUUCUCAUCUGGAGGUCAGCGUUCCUGGUACUUACAAGAAGCAUAUGUGUGGUUUAUGCGGCAACUUCAAUAACUACCCUCAGGAUGACAUGAAACUGCGCAAUGGACAGAUCACCAACUCUGAAGCAGUGUUUGGAAACAACUGGAAGGUGGGCAGUGUUCAGUGCCCUGACGUGAUAAAUAUUAACCCGUGUAAAGAAGCAGGAUACACGGCCCGUAAGACUGCGAACGCUCGCUGCACAGUGCUGAAGUCGGCCGUGUUUGAGCGCUGUCAUAAACUGGUGCCACCCGAGAUGUUCUAUGCUUCGUGUGUGUAUGAUCUGUGCGCCUGCGGCUCCAACACAGACGAGUGUUUGUGUGACGUGCUGGAGGCUUACGCGUCUGAGUGCCGUGAGGCUGGAGUUAUUCUGCAGUGGAGGUCCCCGAAACUCUGCGCUGUGGGCUGUCCGCUGGACCGGGGUUAUGUGUUUGAUGAAUGUGGGCCUCCGUGCCCUAAGACGUGUUUUAACAAAGACGUGCCACUCGGCGUGAUCGAGGCCCACUGCUUCAAACCCUGCGUGCCGGGAUGCCAGUGUCCCGCUGGAUUGGUGGAGCACAACGCUCACUGCAUCGCCCCCGAGAAAUGCCCCAAAAUUAUCCACGGCAAUCUCUGAGAGCCACAAACAUCACGUGGAGUCAAACCAGCUGAAUCCGAGAUCCGAUGAAUCACAACAAGCUCUUUAAUCAACAUGAAAUCAGUAUUGGCUUUUUCUUUUUUUAAUUCAUAUUCCUGGUCUUACCCCAUAAGAUCCAUUAGCGUACAUUAUUUCAAAUAUUUUAUGUAAGGUUAAAACGAAUUGUACAAAAUAUCCUGUUUCGUGCAGAAAUAAAUGUAAUCAAUAUAGAGAUUAAAAAUAAUAAUAAUAAUAAUAAAUACAUAAAAUGAUAAUUUCGCUUCUUCAUCUCACAAUUCAGAAUAAUUUGUAAUAAAUAGAAUUGUGAAAUGAAAAUAUUCAGAGUUUAUAGAUUUGUGUUUUCCCAUAUUUGCAAGGAAAAAAUCAGCUGUUGUUAUGAGAUAAAAUGUCAAAACUUAACUUUUAAACAGGCUUGGGAAUAGUUUAGUGUUGACUUUAAAAUGCUUGAACUUAAAGCCCAUAUAGUUUUUACUUUAUAUCUCAAUCCGUAUUCUACUGUAUACUGCAUUUAGUUGUUUUAUUGGUGCUGCUGUGUUUCUGACUGAUUAUAGCACACUGUGUAAACCUGUGUUUCAUGAUAGGAUCUUUUGAGCCAGAUGGACUGUUUACCUCUUUUUCCAAAGAUUUUCCUCUUUAAUUUGAUAUUUUGAAGUAAAUUAUAAGUUGAACAGUACAGAAGUGCAAAUCUGCCUAGUUUUAACUGCACUGUUUUUAAUAGGUCUUUUUCUUGGCUGUUGCACUGGUAUUGUGAUUUACAUAUUUUGUUACUUUCUUAAAAUACAGUUUGAUAAUCAAUAUGUUAGAAUCAAUUUAAUAUGUUAGAAUCAAUAUGUCAUUUGCAACACUGACAGUGAAUCUAGAUAAAAAUAGAAACACAAUGAAAGCUAAACCUAACAGUGCCUUGAUAGACUAUAAACAUUGGAUGCAAUGACAUUCUCAGGUUCUGUAAGCCAUCUUUUUUUUUUUUUGUAUGACAUUGUCUCAAACAUUGUACUCGCAUAUUUACUGUGUCACGUUAUUAUACAAAAUCCCGCUGUCAGUCUGUGUUUGUUCUUAUUUUGCACAUAAAGUGGUUUAUACGCAUGAAG